GAAGAGGGGAGAGGAUACGAGAAGAAGGGAGAGGAGAAGAGAAGGGAGAGAAGAAGAGAAUAGAGGAGAAGGCAGGCCUCUGCAGCCAUGUCCGCCCUCCGGAUGACUUUGCUUUGCGUCCUCACCGUCCUGGACCCGGUGAGCGGCCAGAAAGGUCUGGGUUCGCUGCAGCCUUGGAUGCAGGGUCUGAUCGCGGUGGCUGUGUUCCUGGCACUCGUGGGCAUCGCCUUUGCCGUCAACAAGUUCUGGUGCCAGGAAGAACCGGCCCCUGAGGAGCUGACUAUGGCCAUGGGGGAUCGGAAGGAAGGCAGUUUGGCUGGCACGGUGGGACGCUAUGUGUCCACUGCGGCUGACUUCAGAUCCUGGGAGCAUGCCAACGCCUACGAAAACACCCCCGUGCCCGACGAAAAGAUUCGCAGCACGCCCAUGUAGUCCCCCCCUCCCUGCCCCGCACUGACUGGGAUCGGAGACCCCCCCAUCGGCUGGGAUUGGGUCCUCCUUCCCGCCCCCCGCCCCAUGAUGCCUCCUCUGACUCCAGGUGUGGUCAUCCGGGACAGGAUGAGGGUUCGUGCCCUGCUGUUACCCCCUAACCCGUACACUCCCCAUUCUUCCGGACUAGUAAGAUCACUAAGAGAAAUACUUUCUGCAGUACUUCCUUUCAGAAAAAUCCCUCACUUCCCUCUCACAGCUUUUAUUUCUGUGAAAUAAAUACUUUUUUACCUCACAAA